CAGAGGCGGCACGGCGGGGGCGGGGGCGGCCCCGGGCCCCAGCAGGCGGCUCAGCCCCGCAGGCGCGGCUGCCGGCUGCGGAGCGACCAGCGGAGCGGCGGGCACGAGGCGGCGCCGGGCGGACCGAUGCGAGCCGAAUGAUGACCAGUUGUGGCCAGCAGUCCCUGAACGUGCUCGCCGUCCUGUCGCUGCUGGUCUCGGCAGUCCUGUCCGCGCACUUCCGGGUCUGCGAGCCCUACACGGACCACAAAGGCCACUACCACUUCGGCUUCCACUGCCCCCGGCUCUCGGACAACAAAACCUUCAUCCUGUGCUGUCACCAUAACAACACGGUUUUCAAGUACUGCUGCAACGAGACGGAGUUCCAGGCGGUGAUGCAGGCGAACCUCACGGCCAGCUCCGAGGGCUACACGCACAACAACUACACCGCCCUGCUGGGAGUGUGGAUCUAUGGCUUCUUCGUGCUGAUGCUGCUGGUCCUGGAUCUUUUGUAUUACUCCGCCAUGAACUACGACAUUUGCAAGGUUUACCUGGCGCGGUGGGGCAUCCACGGACGCUGGAUGAAGCAGGACCCCCGGCGGUGGGGGAACCCUGCCCGGGGGCCCCGGCCAGCGCAGCCGGCCCCGCAGCCCCAGCCUCCCCCGGGCUCCCUGCCACAAGCCCCCCAGGCUGUGCACACACUGCAGGGAGACACCCACAGCCCACCGCUGGUGACCUUCCAGAGUUCGUCUGCCUGAAAACCCUUUUGCCGUGCCUCAGGAUGGGGGAGGUGAGACCCGAAGCGCCUGGCGCAGCCUCCGAGAAGAUCAACUUCAACAGAGAUGCCAGGGAGAGCCGAGGCGGUUGCCAUGGUGGCAGAGGAGGAAACACCACCUGUGCCCCAAACCCCCUUCGGCGGACUUCUACGAUUAGGAGCAAACUCAGGGGCGGGAGCCCGGAGGGGCGGGGGAGGGGGUUCUGAGCCACCCGUCCGCAAGCAAUAGUCCCAUUUUGGGCUGGUGGCUUCUGAGAGGUGACGCCAUCGUGGACUCACGACGACCAACACAAGGCCGCUCUGGCCCCUUCAAGGCGGAAGGAUCCGGGGCUGUGCGUCAUCUCCGGGGUUCCCUCACCUCCGUUCCCUCCAGUAGUGGCUCGUGGGCCUGUGCGUGUCAGAAUUUUGAAUGUGAGUGUGUGUGUGUGUGUGUGUGCACAUGCGUGAUUGGGGUGUUCUUUUUGCUUGUUUGGUUGGUUGGUUUUUAUGGGGUCCCUCCACGUUCUCUGACGGGCACGUGUCACCGUGCGCUGGGGGUCCUCGCCGGCGUCCUGGGUGCCGGCGCUCUGCUGGCGCUGCAGCUGCGAGCCAGGUGGAGCCAGCCAGCACCGGGCCCAGCCCUGCUGAGUCCUGGGGCGCGCUGGGGUGGUGGUGAGGGGCGUGUCUCUGACCGUCCGUGGGGCGGGCACGAGGUCGGGUGUCUUCGUGCGUACCCGUUCUCACCGCCCGUGACGGGGUGUGAUCAACCCCCAUCAGAAACGGCUCUGGGAGGGGGAGGUGUCCAGCUCACACGGUGAGGGGGGCACCCAGCCCAGUCCCAGAGCACCUCCGGGUCACUUCCCAGGGGACGGGCCAUCACCCCAGGUUCUCCACGGUCACUGCCCUGGACCCCAGUUCGCAUAGCACAUUCUGCUGGAGCGCCUGCCGCGUGCCAGGCCCCAUGCUGGACGGUGGCGGGGACAGAGAGGAGCCAGGCAGUCCUCGUCCCCGCCCCAGGGGAGCCACCGUCUGUGUGCGGAAACCCAGAGGGGAAGGUUCUAGAAACCCUUUCAUUUUGAGGUGGGACUUUCACACAGACCUGGAUGCCCAUAGCAUUCGCCCAUGGAGCUCGCCACGGCCCCUGCCCACCCCCUCCCCGGGCACACAAGGAAGGGCAUCUGCCUGCCGGUGUGGGCGCACUCACUCCACUGGUGUCAGUGACACCGAAGUCGCCCCCAGCUCUGGGCGCGGCAGGCCCUGCUCUGUCAAUGUGCGUCCCCUCAGCUCGAGUAUCCACACUUAGCCGCCCGCUCCCCCCCCCCACUCCGACCGCAGACGCAGCAGCGGGCAGGCAGGCCCCGCUACUGCUCAGGGGCCGGUUCUCCAGCCGGGGCAGGGGCCGGAGGGAAAUAGGUGGUGGGUGAGGAAGGUGGGGAGAGCGGGGAGCGCUCUGCUGAGAAGCCGGGCACAGCCGGUGAGUGCGGGCUGGGCUGCACUUGGGUCAUCUGGGAGGGCCUUUCUCAGCAGGCGGCGGGCCCUGCUCGGAGGGAUGAGCAAGAGCCAGCUGAAAGAACAUUCCAGAGGGAGGAGAUAGCUCGUGCACGGGCCCUGGGGCGGCAGCAGGCUCAGCGGGUUUGGGGGAUCUGAGGACGCCCAGGGCGGCGGGGACCCAGAGAGUGUGGGAGGGGUGAGGGGCACAGAGCCCGGACACCGUGGUUCACUGUGAGUCAGGCCCCUCCCCCGAUAAAGCAGAAGGAGCGUCCCGGGGUGUGAAGUGUUUUCCAUGCAGCCUGGCUCCUCAUCCUCCCAACAGCCCCAUAAAGAGGGGACUCUCCCCAUUUGACGGACUAGGAAACUGAGGCUCAGGUGGGUGGAGUGGCUUGCCCAAGGCCCCACGGGUGGGCUGUGGGACACCAGACUCCUCCAGACGGUGGCCUAGGGGGACAGCCUGGGCAAGGCAACGUGGGAGAACCUUUGCUUGGGUCUCGACGGGGGGUGGGCAUGGCUUCCCUUACCUCGGACCCGAGUCGUCCAGGCCAGGUGCCAGGCCUUGUCCACGUGGAGGAGCCGUUGCCAUUCGGCCCAGCUGGAUCAGCCUACACCUGCCGCCCACGUGUGCGGCCUGGGAAGUCACAAGAACCUAACCCCAUGGCUUAGGGGACAGGGAGGUACAAGACCCAGAUUCUGACAGCAGCUCUGCAUUAAGAGGAGUGUGACCUUGGGCAAGUCCCAUACCCUCUCUGGCCUCGGGUUCCUAGUCAGUAAGAGGAAGGAGUCAGACCAGGCAUUUAGGAGGCUGCAGGUGUAGCUUCCUGUGAUUCUGGGACCCUUUCUCUGCCAGAAAGGAGCUGGUGGCCUUGCCUCCCUGCCCCUGAAGCCUGGAGCAGGAGGUCACUGUCACACGGACCAGCUGGAGCCAGGAUUCACCUGCUGUGCGGCCCUGAGAUCUACAACUUGCAGGAUGCAAACCAGAUUCAGGGCAGCUGGUGGUGCAGGUGGGCGGGGCCACAGCCCCGCCCCUUCCCACUGGGUGGCCUGGGGCAAAUCACUUCCUGUCCGAGUUUCAGUGCCUCCCCUGCCUGUGGGCUGGGGGUGGGGGAGGAGGUGAGGGCCAAGAACAGUGCACGCGGGCCCCCAAACCCCUCGGGACCCUGGACCGUCCCCACCAAACCUGUCCCCACCCUACUGUGGUCAGCAGACAUGCCAACUGAAUAGUGUCCCCGAGAAUAAGAUGCAGGGUAGUGACACGUUCCAGUAGAGACUUCUAGAGUUAGUGACUUUUAGUGACUCCCACACCUCAGUCUUCAAGCUGCCUCCGUUUACUUUUUACUGUGAGCUCCCGGCUAUCACCGUGUCACGUGUCAGAAUGACGGCAAUGAUGAUACUAAAAGGACAGACGAGGAGGACGCGACUCCGAGGAACCGGUGUUGGAUGCUGGUGUGUGUGACUCGCCCCUGAGUGUGUAAGGACGCUGCCCCCCGGGGAACUGUGUGUUGUUAGUGAGCAGUUCUGUGCUUUCCUUCCCGUCCGAGUGGAACUGGCGCGUUUGGGGAUCUCCGUCGGGACCCACCGGCUGGCAGCCCCCUCGGGCCUCUCGCCCUCGCCUUGACCUCUGGGAUCGCCCCGAGUCUCGAGGAGCAGCCUGCUCAGGCGAACAUCGGACGCCGGCCAGGACCCAUGUGAAACAGGCCUUAAUUGAAAACACACACGCACGCACGUGCACACGGCACCGGUGCACGCACACACGCACGCACACGUGCACCCACGUGAUCCUGCAGGGAGAGCCCGUCUCUCUCGCUGUCCCUGUGGCUCUGCAAACACAGCAGGUAGGCAGCCAGCUGGGGCGGGCGGCAUCUCCCCUCAUCAUCUGAAAAACGCUUCGGGCGAACGUGCGCCCCAGGACCGGAAAGGAGGACUGAGGGGGCAGGGGUAUCAGGCCACACGUGGCCAGCAAUGGAGGUGACAGACUUCUGCCCAGACAGGCUUCCCAGCUCACCGUCAAGUCCAAAGAUCCACUUAGGUCAUUCCGAUGAUGACGAGGCCGUGGAGGGUGUCUGUGCCCGGCGCCAUCCCCCACGCCCCCAGCAGAGCCCCCAGGCCCCUGUCUGCGCCAGGAAGGGAUCCCGACCCUCACCGCCUCUCCAGCCCGCUGUCCCCACCCUGGCCCCGUUUCCUGGCCCAGUGGACUCCCAGUUCACUGUGUCUACAAGAGCCCGUGCCAUAAGACAAGCUUCCCAGGGUCACGGGCUUUUAAAACGCGAUCAUCGGUUUAUUUUAACUGUUUCCAACUUGGCUGAUCGGUGCCCCACCCGCAGAGAGCUGCACGCCCUCCGUGGCCUCUUGGGUGAAGGGGCGGAGGCCUCACGGGAGAGCUCCUGGCGGGGUCACGGGGUCCUUUCCUGUCCACGCUGAGAGGCAGCCAGGCCCUCACUGAGGGGCAGCUCAGUGGGGCCCCUCAUCUGCCAUGCAGAUCGGCUUGGACUAGUAGUGGAGGCGACUCUUGGGGAUUCUCGGUCUUAUGGCCCACCUGGCCUCCAUAGGCCGCCUGAAAGGUCAGAGGGGCGGCCAACCACCCAACGAGCGCCUGACACUGUGGUCCCUGCCAUCUGCAGCCCCGGAACACGCCUCCCGGCCCCCUUGCCACGCAGGCGCGGAUGCGGACGCAGCGCCACACGGUAGUUGAGUGAACGGACGCAGUCAGGCGAGACGGAAGGUCCUACAAAACCCAUUUGUGCGCAUGCGCAUUCACCCCUCUACCCGGCCAGUGCUCGCCCCGCUCCGAGCCCAGCGCCCAUCAGGGAGCAGCCCCUGCCGGCGCCGGAGACGUCGGGAAACGCGCUGUGUCCGAGGGAGAGGCUGGGGUCGUCCUGCAGGGGCUAGUCGUGCCUAACAGUUAGCAACGCUCAGAUUCCCGAAGCAGACAGGGAGCACGUGCCUCUCCCGACCGCGAAAGUGACCUUGGAGGUGGUGUGAUCCCCCCACCCCGAGUUUCUAGUCCAAGACCCUCCCAGACAGCUGGUGCUAGACAGAUGCUUGGUGAGCGAACAGCUGCAACCAUUAGUCCCACUGUAUCCAAAACUCCCACCUUCACGCCAAAGCCCUGGCCCAUUGGCCCUUGACGGACCGAAAUGCGGGGCUGCUGCGGGGCCCACAGCCAGGGGGCACCGUUCACAGCGCCGUCACAUAAAUGGUCGCAGGAUCCCAGGGCACCGUUCCCAUGACGUCACUGUGAAUGGAGGCUCCGGGGCUUGUGGGAUGAGGGACCCUGUUGAGUGGCCCUCAACCACCCCCCAAAAUGACAGGACCCCGUCCGAGGAAGACCAACCCUGGGGAGGCUCACUCGUGCACCUGAUGGAGAGUGACAGGUGGCUUGGCCACCGCGGGAACCAGACUGGUGGCCGAAGAGAACCUCUCUAGAAACCUUACCCCCAGUGUCUCACCGACGGUGGCGUCCCGUCUCUUCCCCCGUUCUCUGUGUCAAAGCUAGCGGGAUGUGUCACGGUCCGCCAACCACACCGUCAGGGGCUGGGUGACGCGCACGCCGAGGGCGGGGCUCAGUCGCCAGCACCAGGCAGGGUUCCCCGGCGGGUG